ACGAGCGCGGCCAUGUUGAAUUGUGAAUACUCUGAAAGAAAAGAGAAGACAAAAGAGUGGAUUUCACGAAACAACGAGUAUUUACCAAACUUGAUUAAACUGGUGAUAUAACGCAAAGCAACGACAGAACGGGGAAGACUUUGGGUGGAUAUAGCAAAGUGAAGGUAGCAUCGCUCUCCGACUGGGUAACCUGGAUUUUUUUGUUGAUCGGCAAUUCCCAAAACACUUUGCAGACUGCCAUCUCAACUUUUGCAGCAGAAGUAAAGGAAACGGGAACAAGAUAACCACAGACAUUUAAAGUGGACUAUCAAAAUUAAAGACAAGAUUCCUGGAGUGACUUUUGAGCCAGUAUUAAGCUCCAGCAAACACUUUUGAAGACUUCUUGAUGUCAAAGAGCAAAUUGUACUAGUCUGAGACGUGACCAAGGAGGUCUUAUUUUCCUACUGGCCAUUUUGAAUGUAUAAACACAGCACUCGGACCUUCAAGCCAAGAUAUUAGAAGAAUACACAAAGAAAAUUCAGGAUUCUUAUUACAGCAAAGAUAAGAGUAUGAGACACACAUUUUGAAAGAAAAAUAAGAGUUUAUGUUUUGGUCACAUAUUUGAUUUAUUUAUUCAUAUGAAUGUUAAUUUCUCCCUUUUUUGGAGAGUUGUCUUGUAAAUAGACAGAAUUCAUACGCAGACUUCUUCUUUUCAAGAGGUCUGAAUGUCAGAUUGUGUACACAAUACAUUCUUUAAAAAGAAAAGAUAGCAGAAAAAGUUUUUUAUUUUUUCAGCUUUUACUUCUUUUUUUUUUUUACACACGGGUGCAUUAAGCAAAACAGAAGUUAAAUAGAGGCAAAUAAAUUUUACACACUGUAAGGAAAUUGCCAGAACCCAUGGCUACAGCAAGAACAGCAAACCCAGCACCAAUGAUUGGACUGAACAAAGCAGCAAAUGGGCAGCUCAGAGGACAGACCAAACCAGCUGGUCAGUCAGGACUCCUCGCAACUGCCCAACUGUCCAGUGUCUCCCAGAAUAGGAGCAGCAUUCCUCAGAACAGUGGGGGCAUCAAGUUUGGGGAUGACUGGAAGAAGUGCCUGGAACUUCCCCCAAAAGACACCAGGUUGAGAACUUCGGAUGUGACAUCAACCAAGGGAAAUGAAUUUGAAGACUACUGCUUAAAGCGAGAACUUCUAAUGGGAAUCUUUGAGAUGGGAUGGGAGAAACCUUCCCCUAUCCAGGAGGAAAGUAUCCCCAUUGCCCUGUCGGGCAGAGAUAUUUUGGCUCGAGCCAAGAAUGGUACAGGAAAAAGUGGAGCCUACCUCAUCCCUCUGCUGGAGAGAAUAGACCUGAAGAAGGAUCACAUCCAGGCUUUAGUUAUGGUGCCGACAAGAGAGUUGGCCCUGCAGAUGAGCCAAAUCAGCAUUCAGCUCAGCAAGCACCUUGGAGGUGUCAAGGUCAUGGCUACCACGGGCGGCACCAAUUUGAGGGAUGACAUCAUGCGUCUUGAUGAGAUAGUGCAUGUAGUGAUUGCUACACCAGGCAGGAUACUAGACCUGAUUAAGAAGGGUGUGGCAAAAGUGGAUAAGACCCAAAUGAUGGUGAUGGAUGAGGCAGAUAAGCUGCUGUCCCAGGACUUUGUGGUCCUGAUUGAAGAUAUUAUCAGCUUUUUGCCAAAGGGUCGUCAGAUCCUGUUGUACUCUGCCACUUUCCCCAUCAGUGUGCAAAAAUUCAUGAGCAAACAUCUGAAGAAGCCUUAUGAGAUCAACCUGAUGGAGGAACUGACCUUGAAGGGCAUCACCCAGUACUAUGCCUAUGUGACUGAAAGACAGAAGGUCCACUGUCUCAACACGCUCUUUUCUAGGCUUCAGAUCAAUCAGUCUAUCAUCUUCUGUAACUCCACCCAAAGGGUUGAGCUUCUGGCUAAGAAAAUCACCCAACUGGGCUAUUCGUGCUUCUACAUUCAUGCAAAGAUGAUGCAGGAGUACAGGAACCGUGUGUUCCAUGACUUCAGGAAUGGAUUGUGCAGAAACCUGGUGUGCACAGACCUUUUCACUCGGGGAAUUGACAUCCAGGCAGUGAAUGUGGUCAUCAAUUUUGACUUCCCCAAAAGCGCAGAGACCUACCUGCACCGCAUUGGCAGAUCAGGGCGUUUUGGUCACCUGGGUCUGGCCAUCAAUCUGAUAACUUCAGAUGACCGCUACAACUUGAAAACUAUUGAGGAUCAGUUAAUUACUGACAUUAAGCCCAUCCCCAGCAGCAUCGAUAAGAGCCUGUAUGUGGCAGAGUUUCACUCUGUUGACCCAGAUGACGACGAUGACAUUGGGGAAGCCAAAAACAAGGAACUGGGAACAGCCUGAAUGAAUGGAGAAACAUGGCGCCUGGCAUUCAUCACACAAUACUGUCUACGCAUCACACAAGAGUCCAAGUGAAGAUUUCUAUUCCCCACUGUAAUCAGUAUGGUCUAUUUUAGAUUUCAUUUCCAGUUUGAGUUUAUAGCAAACUCAUGUUCUGUCUGUAAAUAUGCUAUUAAACUGGCAUCUUCCUCAGUGGAAACUGCCACUUUAAUCAGUCUAACUUUCUGACACUGCCAGAGGUGGUGCUGUACACUUGACUGUACAGUCACUCUUGACAAUAGAUGGAAGUUGUCAUAAACUCUUUUUGUGCUUUGCUUUAAGAAUGAAAAUGUGAAACCAAAGGAGCCCAGGUUACAUCCCUACUGCACAUAAAAAAGAAAUAAUUAUCUACACUCAGUCACCACUUUCAGAUACACUGUUUAUGGGACCAGCCCAGUAAAGAGGCUACUUCAUGUGGACAUGAUAGCAUCACGCAGUUGCUGCAGAUUUUGCGUUUAACCUCCUCUCACAGGUGCUCUGUUACACUGAUAAAUGGCUUCUUGGACUGUGGAGGCCAUUGGAGGAAACUCAUCAGCAGGAUGUUAUCCUGCUGAAAAUAGCCAUUAGAAUAUGGGUAGACUGUUGAUAAAUCCCAGGAGAACAGCAAUCAACAAACAAUCAUUCCAUAGUCAAAGUCCCUUGGAUCACAUUUGUUUUCCAUUGUGAUUUUUAGUCAACCGUUUGACCAUGCUUUUAUGCAUUGAGUUGCUGCCACGUGAUUGACUGAUAAGAUAUCUGCAUUAGGAAAGCAGUUGUGCCCAAUAAUGUGGUUACUGAGUGUAGUUUUUUUGUAGCUUUCCUGUUGCCCUUAAUCCUGUUGCUUAUAAAAAUCUUUUCCCCUCCAACUUUUAUUUCUGAGGUUUGGGGAAGCAGCGGCCAAAUUAUUUGGGAUAACAUUCUUCAAAAGGGAACCAAAGAUGGAAGAGUAGAGAAAAAAUUGCAUACACUUGAAUAUAAAUGGCUUCAGAAACCAAAAUGACCACUUUUCUAUGAAGGAUGUUUAAAAGAGGGCUGUUGUGGUUCUCCAGUACAGAGCACCUGAAACAGAACUUGGUACAUUUUAAAUUCAAGUGUUAACUUGCAGAAAUAAGGUUUUUGUUCAAAGAUAACGGUGUAAUGUUAGUGACACUGUAGUGCAUUUUGUAAAAGCACAGACCCGACAGUAACAAUAAGUCGGUAUUGAAUUGUGAAAAUCUCUUGAAUCCCUUUAAAGCCAUAGCACUAGGCAGCAUUUUCUCAGGUCUUGAGAUUAUCAGUAAUAAACAUGACAAGAUGAGGGGCCUUAGUUAAAACUAUUUUGAAACCGGCCAACAUGUUCACUUAUCUUGAUGUAGUUUCUGCUUCCAUUCUUCUUUGCAAAGUGCCUUAGUCCACUGUCAAACCUCUACUUUGCCCAGCCCCUUGUCCCAACUUUGUAAUGUAGGAAAAUGGCAGCCAAACAGUUCUUUUAUUAGUUUAUCAAUUUUGAAAGCACACUUGCACUCUGAAAGGAUUUUUACUUUUACUUCAUUUGUUACAAAUACUUAAAUAUGACCAACUAGAGCUGCUUGUUGCUCUUUAUGAACUUGGACUUUGACUUCAACACGAUGUCAUGAAAAGUAAAUGUAGCUCAAAUUUAUAACAUUGACACUGUGAAAUUUCCAGCAGACUUUUGUUGCAUCUUUGGUUGGACAUUACAGUACAACUAAGCACCAGCAGGGAAGGGAGACAUGUGUGUCCUAUUCCAAAGCAUCGUUAGUCGUAACUUUCUUCAUGUCUGACACUGUAGUGCUGUUGAUGAUAGAUUUAGAUUCCCCAGGUAGUAAGCCAUUGUACAGACACUUGAAUCAAUACAUGUCAUGUGAUAGAAGACUCAGACCAUUUUUUAUGUGGGUUUGAAACCUGAGACCAUUUUGUCCCAUCACUGCAUUUUGGAAAAAAUAAAUACCUUCAUGACUGGAUGACCAGAUGUGUUGUUAAAUAGAAAGAAAGACAGCCAAGACUUUCCUGAAGUGUGUCAAUGCCAGCGCCCCGAAUGAAUAAAAGUCUGACUGAC